UACUGUUAUUAUUUCAGAUCUGAUGCUUUGAUCUCCAUCCGCGCGCGCUCAGGGCGGGUCGCGUGACGUCACGCGCGCGCGUUCAUCCGACCAGACACUCGGCGAGUCCGCGCGACCCUCACGGAUAUUUUUCACCCCGAAAACCUCAACAAGACGACCACUUAAAGAUCAACCGAGGGAAUAAAGCAGAAGCGGAGACAUGUCAGUGGCAGGGUUGAAAAAGCAGUUCCAUAAAGCGACUCAGAAAGUCAGUGAGAAGGUCGGAGGAGCUGAAGGAACAAAACUGGACGAUGAUUUCAAAGAAAUGGAAAAGAAAGUGGACACAACGAGUAGAGCAGUGCUGGACAUCAUGACCAAAACCACAGAAUACCUGCAGCCCAACCCUGCGUCGCGGGCUCGUCUCAGCAUGAUCAACACCAUGUCUAAGAUCCGCGGGCAGGAUAAGGGUCCCGGUUACCCGCAGGCCGAGACCGUGCUGGCGGACGCAAUGCUGAAGUUCGGCCGUGAGCUCGGAGAGGAGUCCAGCUUUGGUCUGGCUCUGCUGGACGCUGGUGAGUCGAUGCGUGAGCUGGGUGAGGUGAAAGACUCUCUGGACAUCACCGUGAAGCAGAACUUCAUCGACCCACUGCAGAACCUGCACGACAAAGACCUCAAGGAGAUACAGCAUCACCUGAAGAAGAUGGAGGGUCGACGUCUGGACUUCGACUAUAAGAAGAAGCGUCAGGGGAAAGUGACGGACGACGAGAUCAAGCAGGCGCUGGAGAAGUUUGACGAAUCCAAAGAAAUCGCGGAGCAGAGCAUGUUUAACCUGCUGGAGAACGACAUUGAGCAGGUGAGUCAGCUGGCAGCUCUGGUUCAGGCUCAAGUGGAGUAUCAUCAACAGGCCGCAGAGAUCCUGCAGCAGCUCUCCAGCAAGAUCGAGGACAGGGUAAAGGAGAUGUCUGAUAAACCGCGGAAGGAGUUUAUUCCUAAACCCCGCAUGGAGCUUCAGCUGCCCAUCGAGACCCUAAAUGGAGGAAUAAACUCUGCCAAAUCACCCGCACGCUCACCUGCGCCGCUGGAUCAGCCGUGUUGUCGUGCGCUCUACGACUUCGAGCCGGAGAACGAGGGCGAGCUCGGCUUCAAAGAGGGUGACAUCAUCACUCUGACCAAUCAGAUCGACGAUAACUGGUACGAGGGCAUGAUCCACGGCCAAUCAGGAUUCUUCCCUAUCAACUACGUGGACAUCCUGGUGCCUCUGCCUCACUAGGCCCCGCCCACCCCCCCUGCUGUUGCCUAGCAACCCAACAGCCGCCUUUAUCGUGCAUCUGUGCUACAGCUUCACUUCCUGUUCCUGUCGAUCAGUGACUCGGAGGAUGAUGAUGAUGAAGAUUAUAGA